AUGAAUUGCGUUUUGCGGAUUGCGGCGGCGGUAUGGUGGCUCUGCCUGUGCUCCGUCUUAGGAUCUAGUGAUGGAAACGGAAUCGGGAGAGUGAGAGAUACCGACGAUGCGAUCUCGUUGCUGGAAAAUAAAUUGACGGCGACGACAAAUUCGUCUCAGCUUCUCAUGGUGCCUCUCACCUUGAUUCACAGAGCUGGCCCCAAAGGAGCUGUUUGUCUGGAUGGAACACUACCUGGUUAUCAUAUACACAGUGGAUUUGGAUCAGGGGCGAACAGGUGGCUUAUCCAACUUGAGGGUGGAGGAUGGUGCAACACACGGAGGAGCUGUAUCUUCCGGAAAACAACACGCCGUGGCUCGUCAAAUCACAUGGAGAAAGUUUUGGCCUUUACUGGAAUCUCGAGCAAUAAAGCUAAUGAGAAUCCUGACUUCUACAACUGGAAUAGAGUCAAACUGCGUUACUGUGAUGGUGCCUCUUUCACUGGAGAUAGUCAAGACAAUAGUUCAAAUCUUUAUUAUAGAGGACAAAGAAUCUGGCAAUCAGCUAUGGAAGAACUGAUGUCUAAAGGCAUGCAAAAAGCAGAGCAGGCUCUGCUUUCAGGAUGUUCAGCUGGAGGAUUAGCUUCCAUCUUGCACUGCGAUCAGUUUAAGGCACUGUUUCCUGGUGCUACCAAGGUCAAAUGCUUAAGUGAUGCUGGAUUGUUUAUGGAUGCAGUGGAUGUCUCUGGAGGUCACUCGCUCCGGAAUAUGUUCAAAGGUGUUGUUACAAUACAGAAUCUCCAAAAGGAACUGUCCACUACUUGUACAAAGCAUUUGGAUCCAACUUCGUGCUUCUUUCCACAGAACUUGGUUUCAGAUAUCAAAACUCCAAUGUUUCUUCUCAAUGCAGCAUAUGACGCUUGGCAGGUACAAGAGAGCUUAGCUCCACCAUCUGCCGACCCAAGUGGCUCUUGGAAGGCAUGCAAAUCAGAUCACUCCCAUUGCAAUUCCUCUCAAAUCCAUUUCUUCCAAGAAUUCAGGAAUCAAAUGGUGGAAGCUGUAAAAUCCUUCUCGGCAUCUAAACAUAACGGUGUGUUCCUAAACUCAUGCUUCGCUCACUGCCAAUCCGAAAGACAAGACACUUGGUUUGCACCAGAUUCUCCUAGGCUUCAUGGCAAGACCGUUGCUGAAUCUGUUGGUGAUUGGUACUUUGACCGAACAACAGUCAAAGCCAUUGACUGUCCUUACCCUUGCGACAAAACUUGUCACGAUCUCAUCUUCAAAUGA